AGCCUUCAGUAAGUUUCGUUUACUAAAGCAGAGAAGACAUGAAGACUCCGGUUCUUAUAAUUGCAAUUAUCGCUAAUAUUCUGCUUUGGCAGGAGGCUUUAGCUCAAUUCUUGGAACCGAAUUGCGGCCUCAAUGAGGUAACGACUAACGGCUCUACUGCAGGACCUGCAGUGAUUCCUUGGUUGGCAUUCAUUUACAAAACGAUCAAUCAAAAUGAAACUGAGCUUGUAUGCGGAGGAUCUCUUAUACACAAAGAAUUUGUUUUGACUGCUACCCAUUGCAUCCAUGACGAUGAUAUUCUUACCGUACGCUUAGGAGCGAAUAAUUCGCUAGUGGGGUCCCCUACAUCCAAAGAUUAUGCAGUUAAGAAAGCGUUUAAAAAUGAAUAUUUCUCACGAUGGAUAUAUUUUGAUGAUAUAGCAAUCCUAAGGUUGGGAGAAGAGGUGCAGUUCAAUGAUUUUAUCAGGCCCAUCUGCAUUUUUACGGAUUCCACAAAAGUUCCGGACAUAAAAACCUUUCAGACAGCAAUUUGGGAAAAGACACAAAACGAUAAAAUAUCAGGAGAAUUAAAAAUAUUGCACGUGAAUGAAUAUCAUCGAUCACAGUGCGAAGAAACCUUUUGGAAGAACAUGACAGAGAACCAGAUAUGUGCAGGACCUCGAACGGGGGUCACCUGCGUGCGCGUCUCAGGAGCUCCGUUAAUCCAAGUGAUUAAUAUUAAUGGCACGCUGCGAUAUGCGCAAUUCGGAAUAGCUAGUUUUGGAGCUUCCGAUUGCCGUGGCUUGGAGGUCUACACCCGAGUAAGCAGCUAUAUCGAAUGGAUCCUUGAUGUCCUGGGAAGUGAUACGCUGGAAAAGCAAUCUUAGCUUUCGAAGGUAACCAAACUUUAAGCAAGGGUUGGUAAAAUAUAAAUAAACAAAUAAAGAAGUAAAAUCACUAA